GGAAGGGGGGGAAAAAACCUCCAAGCAGCAGCCGUUUGAGCCAGUUUAUGAUUCGGAAAGCAGGUUUUUGUGAUUUUAUUUUAUUUCAUAUAGAAACAAAAUUGUUUGAUUGAUACGAAAUCGUUUAGGGAGCACUUUAGAGAAAACAUAAGAGUUAUAGAAUACGGAUUGGAAGUAGGAAUGAAUUUGGAAAGAUAAGGGAGAAAUAAGUUAGCUAGCGAGCUAAUAGGCGAACUUGUGCGUUUCUGUGAGAGCCGUCGCCUCAGGCGGUUGGUUGGUUAAAGAGCCUCAGCUCGGUCAUUAGAGCAGCUCUGGGUUUUCACACACUCCAGUUUACUAUAUAUGCCAAACGUUUGGGUUUUUACAAAGCGGAGAUGCCGAUAAAACUGACCACUCAGGCGUACUGUAAGAUGUUACUCCACGCGGCUAAGUAUCCUCAGUGCGCCGUCAACGGACUGCUGGUGGCUGAGAGACACAAGGAGAAGAAGAAAGAGAGCCAGGCCGGGCUGUGGGUCCUGUGUGUGGACUGUGUACCUCUGUUUCACGGCUCUUUAGCUCUGGCACCCAUGCUUGAAGUGGCCCUGUCUCUGAUUGAUACAUGGUGUAAAGAAAACAAAUACGUCAUCGCUGGUUAUUAUCAAGCCAACGAACGCAUCAAGGAUGCGAGGCCGAGUCAGGUUGCUGAAAAGGUCGCUACGAGGAUUUUAGAGAACUUCAGCGAAGCAGCGAUGAUCAUUGUGGACAACAGCAAGUUUACCAUGGGAUGCUCUAUACCAGCUCUUUCCAUCUACGAUCAUUCGGACAAUAAGUGGAAGUGCAGAGAUGCGAGCAUAGAUUCAUUCGAGGACUGGACAGAAGCCCAGAAGAUCACAUCAGCCUUGCUGGAGAGCAGAUCCUACGAAAACCUCAUAGACUUUGACAACCACCUGGACGACCUCAGGAACGACUGGACGAACCCCGAAAUUAACAAAUCAGUGCUGCAUCUGUGCUGAACCCGUCAUCCAGCGGGAGCCGUUUUACCCGAUCAAGUCAUCAACGCCAACAUGGGUCGCGUUCUCGUUACCGUAUUCUGAUUCACACGUGGAGGGGAAAAAGCUCACGUGAAAUUGUUUAUUUCUGAAGCAGGACGUUAGUGCGUCACGUGCUGUGAGAGAUUACGAGGAGCGUGAACUUUAUCGAAUGUCUUUAUAGACCCACUAACACACAGCAUUUCGUUUUGAUUUAUGGGUAAAAGUAUGAACAGGUCACUGCACCAUUACAUGCUUGCUUUUUCGCAUUUUGUGACAAAUUACUUUAUGAAUCAGCACACACACACACACACACCUUACCAGCUUUACAUACUCGCUAAUGAAGUUUUCUACUGCUUGGAUGUCCUGAAAUCAAUAUUAAAAUGUACCAUUUUGAAGAA